AGUAGGUUUAGUGUUAUUACUGUUUAUAAUUGUAUUUAUUUCUUUCGUGUUUGAUAUUUAGUUGACCCUGGGACACAAAAAACACCUUCCUGGGAAGUAAAUUCAUUGUCGAAAAGUUUUGAAAUAGCUGUUGAGGGAAGAAACAAGACUCUUUACUGCCUGGCUGUCGGAAGGCCUGCUCCCAAAAUAACUUGGAAGAGAGAUGGCCAGAAAAUUACAAGUGGGCAAAAUAACUAUGACAUCCCAGACUUGUUCUUUGGACGGCAGUUGAUUAUCAUGGACGUAAAGAAAGAGAAACAUGAAUCAACAGAGUACACAUGCGAGGCAGAGAAUUCCGUGAACAGUGGGAACCCUCUGAGUCACAAAAUAAAUCUGAAAGUUGAAGUCGCUCCGCGGUGGCACAACAAAGCUCCCGAUUCGAAGUUAGAGGUAGACAUUCAAGGGAAUGGCUCGUUGCUUUGUGAUGUAUAUGCUGAUCCUGUGCCAUCUUUCAAGUGGUACAAAGAUGGAAAGAGAAUUCUCUCAUCUAAUCAACAUGUCGCAAUAGAUGAUGACAAGUUUUGGAUCCAAAAUGCUAGAAUGCAGGAGGAUGGUUUUUACCAGUGUGUUGCAGAAAACAAGCAUGGAAUGCUUGUAUCAUCCACUUGGAUCUAUAUCCGCUUUAAAGAACCAACGUUUUCUAAACCUCUUGGUCCCUUUUACUUGUUCAAGAAUAGUCAAGGCGUCCUCAAAUGCGAAUCAGAAGCUGCUCCUCCUCCAACAUUCGAGUGGUUCAGAGGUGUUACACAGAUCACAACUGGCGGACGCUACACUGUUCAGGCAGAUGGCGUCUUGUGGAUCAAUGAUGUUACUGAAGGUGAUAAGGGCGAAUAUCGUUGUAAAGCCACGAACUUCUUGGCCACGGCCGAGGAUGUUGGAACAGCAACUGUUUAUGAAAGAACACGAAUUACAGUUAAACCAGAAAACAAGCUUGUUCCACAACGCGUCAAUAUCGACCUUCGUUGCCGGGCAAAGGCUGAUACACGACUGGAACUAAAGUAUUACUGGAGGAGAGAUGAUGCAGCUAUUGAGUACAACUCAAAGAUAGAGUGGUUAGAGCGAGAAAACGUUUUAAAAAUCUACGAUAUAAGAGUUGACGACACUGGCAAUUACACCUGUGUCGCUUACACGCCUGAACCUAAGUGGUCGGAAGACCAGGCAUCAGCUGAAGUUAAUAUUGAAGGAGUUCCGUUCCCUCCAACCAGCGUCAAAAUAAAUAAGAAAACGUGCAUCAAUCGGACAACAGUACUUGAAUGGACUACCGUACCCUCCAAUGAUGCUCCAAUUUUGCACUUCCUGAUUGAACAGGAAUCGAACCAUGAACCAGAUGUGUUUUAUCUCCUCUUCAAUGUGACAAAUCCCAAUGCAAAAUCCGUCGUGCUUAACCUUACCGGCUGGUCGACUUUGCGUUUCCGCAUAAGAGCUGUAAACAGCUUUGGCACAAGCCGUCAUAGUUUACCCACAGGCGCUAGAAUUUGUACAACAUCUAAGUCAGCUCCAGAGAAAUUUCCAGAGAACUUACGUGGUGCACCAAAGAGGGCCGGUGAACUAGAUAUUACCUGGACGAAAAUGCCGAAGGUGUAUUGGAACGGACCCGGAUUUUACUAUUUAUUGGAGUACAAAAAGGUCUUAGAACCGGUGAAUGAAGAUUCUCCUGGUCAGUGGCAAAACACCAGAAUCCAUGCUGAAGUGUCUUCCUUUAAAAUCUACAAUCCUGGAUACUAUGAACUUUGGGAGUUUAGGAUUUGCACUGGGAACAAUUUGGGCCAAGGACCCUUCAGUGGCAUCGAACGAUCCCGUUUUGGCCAAGAUCCAUCUCAAGUCAAACCAACAGAUACAAAGACCAGUGUUAUGAUUGUCAUUGCAGUGGGAUGUGGAGUUGUGUUUGGAAUUUUUCUCAUUUUCUUUGUUGUAUUUUGCAAGCGAAGGCAAUUGAAAAACAAGCAACAAGAAACAAAGCCAGCAGUUUUAUUUAGGCACUCAGUGGUUGAGAUUUGCGAUGAAAUUCCAGUGGAAAGACCAAUAGGGCGCGAGUCGACCCCAACUGAACAAUACAGUCAAUUGACUUACCGCAGACCUGUUAACAAUAGCGGAAAAAGUGAUGAUGGGACCAUGCGCAACACUUCUGAAGAUAGCUAUGGUUACUGUCAUGUUUAUCAAAGUGUGGACAAGAACACAUCAGUUACAGCUGCACCAGAUUACCAAAAUAUACCCACAGCAGUUAUAGAACCAGAUUACCAAAAUGUGCAAACUCAGGAAGAAGGCACAUCAUCUACAUCAGUGCACAGCUCUGGGUCUCAAACAGAAUCAGGCUAUGAGCCCCUGAAGGGGUCCGAUAGACAAAAUGUUUAUGAGCCCCUUAACGGAAGAGGAAAUUGAAUUGUACUGAUGACAUGGGUCUUGAGAUAGGGAAAAAAAAGCUAUAUUCGGUCCAAAGUUAAUUUGAAUCAAGUGCUGUUUGGGACCAAAGAGUUAUCUAUAAGAAUACAACUCUGACUUUCAAUUGUUUUAGAGUUUUGACGAAAACAAUGUAUCGAAUAGUGAUGGUUGAAAAUUUUUUCUACAUGUUUUUUGUUCUUCACUCUGACAAGAUUUUUGUCAGUUAUAGAAGUUCAAUUAUUUUACUAUAACAGUAGUUUCAAAUAGCAUGAAGAAUUCUUAAACUUUAUUUCGA